UCGCACUAUAUGAACAAGGAUAAUGCGAGGAUAGCCACUAUGUAACAUAAGUUCACGGCGCAUUAAUGAUUGGAUUUUAUGACGUUCCUACAUCGCAGUUUGAUAUGCUAUAUCUAUGCCCUCUACUGUACUCUAGACCUUGGUUAUGCUCUCAUAUUUAUUUUUUAUCGUUCGCUGGAACCAAGACACGAAGCGCCCUCCUCAUUCAUCCCAAUCAUCAUGGGCUUUUCACCCGCGUCCAUAGUGGACCUUCAAGUUAUUAUGAUCAUUCUCUCUGUUCUUGCAGUUUCACUUAGGUUCUGGUCAAGAGCUCUGUUCUUCGAGCGCAAACAGUCUUCACCGAUGUCAAGAUUUUGGUGGGAUGAUUGGCUAGCACUUGCUGAUUUGGUAAGACUCGCCAAAAAAUCCUCCGGUCCAUUAAUUUUCAUGCUAACUAAUCUAUGGCCAUUUGUCAUUGCGACAUGCUCUAUCAAUAUUUACUGGGUCAGCUAUGGGCUGGGAACGCAUUACGAUACCUUGUCAUCAUAUGAACAGGCCAUAGCUUCGAAACUUCUGUUCGCCGAAUACUUCCCUUACGACGUGGGAAUAUCAUUAACAAAGCUUUCCGUAAUCUUCUUCUACGUCCGAGUCUUUAAGGUGAAUAGAGAAUUCAGAAUUGGGUUGUGGCUGACGGCGUCAUUGGUGAUUGGUUGGAUAUUCUUUGCUUUAUUUUCAGCACUGUUCCAAUGUAAACCUAUCAGCAAAUCGUGGCUGCCUUUGGAGCCUGGCACCUGUAUCAACACCUAUCAGUGGUGGCUUGCAAGUGCAAUAUCAAGCCUGAUUAUUGAUUUCAUCAUCCUGAUGCUACCCGUUCCUAUGCUGCUGAACCUGCAGCUACAAAGGUCGAGGAAGAUUCUUAUUUUGAUAGUAUUCGCCUUCGGAUAUUCGUAAGUACUCUGCAGCUAUAUUUAUGCUCAACUCCAGAUACUAACAUAAGCACAGUGUUAUUGGGGUUACUAUCGGGCGGUUGGUAGUGGUGACAAAGUAUGGACAUGCCUUGAAUGAAGAUUUAACAUGUAAGUCCAAUGGAAUAUUCUACCGUUAUUCUUUGGCUAACCCACAUAUUUCCGUACUCAGACAAUAUCGUGGUUCUUGGAGUCUGGCUUACUAUUGAGGGCCCGAUUGGACUUAUAACUAUCUCACUUCCCAGUAUUUUUUCCUUGGUAAGGCGUGGAAUGGCUCACGGUCCACUUUCACUCUUUUCUACCAAGGAUCUCAGCAACUCUAACAAUUCUGAAUCUGUAAAUAAGAACUCUCUCCGUGGUGAGAGAGGAUUCAAGCAGCUCAAUACAAGCGCCACUGAGCAUGGCCAAGAAUUACCAUAUUCGUAUGACCCUGAUGUGGAGUAUCAGGCACUUGCAUUGAGAGCCACGAGUAGCACAUCACGAGAUAGGGCUUUUAAUGACUUAGAGGCUCCAAAGAGUGUCAUCUACAUCCGUCGAGAUGUAGAUGUUGUAUAGGGGAGAGACGGGAAUCAGGAGUGUCCAAAAGCGUUGUGAUUGGUAUCUGAACCCACUCCAAAGAAGCAGCUGCGAGGGACUGCCAUUUUGAUUUUUUAUGGGACUGUUUAAUGCCCUGCAGGAAGCGAUCUCUUUCUGCUGGGGAUAUUUUCGCUAUGCCACAGUAUCAUG